GUCUUAUUGUGACAGGAGACCUCUCCUUGUUUAUCGACAGUCUUAGUGAGUUUGUUAGGCGUUCUGAAUGAUUGUCUUCUCAAAAGGUGUCUCGACUGGGGUUACGUUCACGACGGCUCGGUGAAAACGGCGUGUCCGAGCUCUUGGGCGGACUAUUCGUCUCUCCGAACACCUUCCGGACGGGGAGAUGUUUGCCACAGCCACCAGGAACUUUGUGGAUGAGGUGGACCCCGGUGGUUUGUUGAUCCCAGUGAGAAGCCUCAACGACUCCAUUACUCUACUCACUGUGGUGGUGAGCCAAAAACGUUUCUGGUGCUGGCAGAAGCCCAAAUAUAUUCCCACUGACUUCACCCUCAAUGACAUUCUCACAGGAGACACGCCUAUCACUCCAGUUUUAACAGAGAUAGACUUCAUCAAAUACAAUGGGACAUAUGGUGACAACAUUCAAGGGUCGAUGGAUGCCACUUUCAUCCACUCAAACGUGAACGCAGAGGGAAAAGACUCAUCCAAACUGCAGUUCUCAUUUGGCAGUUUGAAGAAAGACGAAGUGGAUGUGCGCAAGCUACUGCAAGACUCUAAAAAAAGUCUUAUAGACAUGUCCCACAGUCUGAUCAAGCAGACUAAGAAGAAACGCCAGGUGUUCGGUGUGGUCAAAGAGCGCAUUGUGACCAGCCAGCCUUGUAGUGUCAUCGAGGAGGUGUCACUGAAAGACAAUGGCAGCCUAAGCAAAGAUAGCAACGUUACCAUGGAGAUUCCCAAAAACACCACCCUGGCCUAUGCCCUCAUUGACCUUGAGGUGAAGCAGGAUGGUCACUAUGAGCUGUGUCUGAUGUCAAACAAGGGGGGCUUUGAGGUGGACAGUCCCACCCAAAAAGGGCUGGUGGGUGUCACUGGAGCUUCUGUUCCAAACAACCCAGAAGUCACCCGACUUGCAGAAGAACUGAAGAAUCUGCAUGCCCAUUUCCAGCUCUUGUCAUCUCUUCCUGCCACCAGCAAGGCUUCUCUGCUCAAAAUCAUGACAGGAAUCAUAGAAGACCAAGCAGCCCUCAGUGCUCUUCAGAGUGUGCUGGACCAGAUGCUUGUUGAUAAGAGCGCAAACAUGGCCGACAUUUCAGAGGCACACAAACAAAGCAUCCAGCCUGUUCUGGAAAUGUUGAAAGAGUUGGAAUGCGGGUCAGAGGGACAGACUGAGCAUUCUGCAUCUCUCCUCAGUGCUCUGCACCUCCUUACGAGUGCACUGGAUGAACUGACUCAUGAUUGUCUUGCAGCGCUGAGAGCCUGCAGCAGUCCUGCUGUGUUAAAAAUCGUAGAGCUUCUGGUACAGUGCUUGUCUGGAAGCGGGGAGUCACCAGCGAGCAACACAAAUGUCGCUGCACUGCCAGAGGACGUGUUGGCGAACUUGGAACAUCUGUUCACCUCAUCUGACGUGAGCUUACUGCGAGACGGUGACACAGCGAGGAUUCAAAUAAACCAGCUGCAAGAGCCAGGAUAUCGCCCACUUAUCAUGUGCAUCGCUCUCAGAGGCCUACACGCACUGGCCCAAUGUGUUUAACAUAACCCUACAAAUAGGCGCUUUUACUGCGAGGAGCAAUCAUCGAAAUUUAUCAGCAGGGAAAAGCAACAAAUAAGCUGCUUAAAAGACAUGAAAACCUUUUAUACUGUAAUAUAAACGCCUUUCACAUUUAGCUGCGACAUGAGUAAAUGUGCUCUUUUAUCAUGGUUUCAUCUUUUCGAAAGACUACUGAUUUGUGUCAAACCUUCCUUGAUUUAUCAUAACCCUUUUGCACUACACUACUGUAUAAAUUAACACUAGGUUACUUUUCAGUUUUUGUCGAUUUUAGCGACGCCGGUGGACAAAAGCAGUAGUGUUUUGCAUUAAAGAAGACUCCCGUUUCCCAUGAGGACCAGCACACACCCACACAGUGUCAUAAAAUCAUCACUUAAUCAAAAAUCAAUCUCCCGGUCGCCUGCAGAUGGAUUAAACAACAUUUCUGUUGCCAGCGGCUGUAUGAAGGAUGAAUAGUAAUAAGGUAAUCCAUCCGGUUGUGGCUAAACAAUAGCACAUGACAGUUAACAAGUGACUUGGUGUGUCUAAAGACUUGUCAGCGCUGAUGAGUUCGGUGGGGGGGUGUCACGCUAGCGAGUGAAAGCCGGACCAAUGUUUAGUCUGUAUCCUGGUAGCCUCCAUUUUUUUCCUCCUUAGACAAAACGUUUUGUCUCUUUUGUUGCUCUGCCAUAUUUGCAGAAUUUGCGCAGAAGCAUUCACACUUCCAUAUUUUUAAUGAAUGGGGAAAGUGGGAAAUGAUGCAUGCCGUAAAAAAGUCAGGACAUUUGUUGUUGGUUUUUUUUGUGUGGCAGGGUUCCUACCACCCUCCUCAAAGUUAGUGUGGGUGAAAGCGAUACAGACCCCCCUCUAUAUAUAAAAGAAGUUUCAUUCAACUAGUUGUCAGUCGACAUCACGUUAUAAAAAUAUUUUAUAAAGGUUGAAAACUUACCUUGUGUUGCUUUAAAACUAACAAAAAGAUUGCAUGUUGAUCUCUAAGCCUCAUGGCUCAUAAAAGAAAAAAUUUCCUUUUUUCUAUCUUGUGAACCUCUACAAAUCACCUUAAUGUUUUUGCUUAAAAAAAAUAAACACACUGGGUACACAUUUUGCAUUUUUAAAUUUGUCUCAUUUCUAUUUAAAAAAAAAAAAAAAAAGCAGGAAUGGUUAGAUUAAAAAACACAUUUAUUCAACAUUGGAAAAUACAUCUUAUCUGAAAUAUAAGUAAAAUAUGGUUUUUAAGUCAGUAAAUCUGUUUUGGCAGUUUAAGUGGGAUCACAUCAAAAGGGACGUUUUAUUGAGACAGCACCCUGUUUAAUUAAAACGUUUUUUGUAGUCAAAUGCAGCACCACGUGGUUAGUUUGAGAGAAACAUCAAUGUUUACAUUUAUGUGACCUGUUCUUGGCAUAGUAAGGGAAAUGUAUGAUGGGCACAUUGUUAUCUCUUAGUUCCAUUCGAUCCUUUCCACUUAACGAAAAACAGGCAAAAAAAGCAGCCUUAUUAAGUGGUGGUGACUACUAGUAGGAUGACAACAAAUAGUGGCAAAAUGAGAUGAGUAAACGCAAACACUGAGGUGAGGUAUCAUUAAAAAGCAAGCCCUCCAUUUUCUUAAUAGAAUAAAUAGACAACUUACAUACAAGGGUAACAUUAAAUAACGGGACAUGUCCAAUUGAUUUCUAUUAAAAAACACCGACACAAAAUGACUCCCAAUCAAUUUGAUGAGUAUAUUAAAAGAGUUUGCCAAUAAAUAAGUACACUUCCCGUGCGCUGUGACUUGCAUAGUGUGCAUUGCGGCAUCCCCGUUCACAUGGCAGGUGUAGCAGCUCCGGACAACCACAGUCCAGUCCGAUCAAAGGGGGCGCCUCAUCAGUAGACCCAGCUGACCGGGACCCACUGCGGCUCUAUGAGUAGUCUCUCUACAGCCUCCUGCAGCUGGUCGAAGGCCUUGUCCAGGUUGUCGUUGUAAAUGGUCAGGUCAAAGAAGUGGCUGUAGGCGCGACGGAUUCUGGCGCUCUCCUCCACUGUCUUCUUCAAAUCAUUCUCCUGUGGACCAAAAUGAUCUUGAGUUUGUCUUUUCUGGUUCCAACUGUUUAAUGGGUGAACUGAACUUCCCGUUGUUGAACUUACAGUAAGUAGUUUAGUUGUUAAGCCAGCAUCCACCACGGCCUUGUGCAUAUCUCUCAAGGUGUCGAGCUCAGGAGCGGCGAUGAAUACCACAAAGGGCAUGAACUCAGCAGUUUUGAGCACUUUCAAGGCCUAAACACAAGCGAGUAAAUAUCAGGUAAAGCUGUCAAAUUGUUCCGCGGCGAGCUGGGCGCUCACCUGGGGGUUGACGUCGAGGAUACAGGUUCGGCCAGCCGCCACCACCUCGUGGAUGGAGUCGAUCUUGGUACCGUAGAGGUUGCCGUCGUACUCCCCGUGCUCCAGGAAGCGGCUGUCCUUAAUGUCCUGCUCCAUCUGAUGCCGUGUCACAAAACAGUAGUUCUGGCCGUCUCGCUCUUCUUCUCUUGGACUGCGUGACGUGACUGAAAUGACAGAAACGGGACGAGAAGAAUGACCACUUUUUCUCUGUGCCAAAAUUGCAAAAUAUGUUUAGUUAUAUAACGACAAAAAAUAAACUCGGCAUAUCAAAUAAACAUACAUACAUACAUAUAUCAAAUAAAUAAAAUGAAAUGAAAUAAGCUUUGCAGGUUAUUGACGCACCCUCAGUGGCUUCACGACACAGUGAAGAGUCACAGUAGUAAUGCAACAGUCAGUAGCAAAUUCAUUCACUUUCAAUUAAUAAGUUCAUUAAAUUGCAUUUUUGUAGUUUUAUGCAAGGGGACUGGUGAAAACAAAGUAUUUUUGGUUACUUAAGGGUAUAUUAGAACAUAUUCUUGGCUAAAGACCAUAUUAAAUGCAGUUCCACAUCAUCAAUAAUAUUGAUGAAGUGUCUCAACUGCUAAGGAAAUAUAGAUG